AAGAGAUAAUGCCAAAAGAAAAAAAAAAGAGCUCAACGAAAUAAGUUCUCCUUGGGACAAUCCACGCCAAAACGGGUCAAACUAUAGACUAUAGUACUAUCCACUUCAAAUGAAAAGCAUAAAAAACGACUGUUUCAUCCUUGCUUUACGAGCAUAAUUCGACUUCCUUUUCAACGAAUCAAACCCUAGAAAAUCCAUAAAAGGAACAAAUCCUAGAUAAAUCCAACUAACAAUUUGUCUGUCAGACCCACAUAAGCUACACAGUCAUAUACGAGCAUAAUUGUUCGUACCUGCAGAUUUGCUGCCCACAUAGAUGGAGCACGAAGGGCAGCACGAACAAGACGACGACGUUUACGGCGGCGACCUGCCUGAGGAGGUUUACAUGGAGUCAGAUUUCGACCCUUCUGCUGAUGCGGAAGCGUAUGCAACGGAUGACUCCAAAGGCAAGAAAAGAUUGCAAGAGAUUGAAGAGGAAGCAGGUGCUCUACGGGGAUUGCAGGCCAAGCAUCACGAUGAGAUUGGUCUAAAUGCCCAAUCUUUUUUAGUUGUUUUUAUUUCUUUGGCUCCUUUUGUUGAUAAUCAUUUGGAAGUUAGUGGCAUAUUCGUAUGGGAUUGCUUAGACUUAGGUGGGUCCUCUGCCACCCAAGCUGAAAAGGAGGAGGUGGAUUCUCGAUCCAUUUAUGUUGGAAAUGUGGAUUAUGCCUGCACACCUGAAGAGGUGCAGCAACAUUUUCAGUCUUGUGGGACUGUGAACAGGGUCACUAUUUUGACUGACAAGUUUGGUCAACCCAAGGGUUUUGCUUAUGUGGAGUUCGUGGAAGUUGAUGCCAUUCAGAAUGCUCUUCUGCUUAACGAGUCAGAGCUGCACGGCCGUCAGCUGAAGGUGUCAGCUAAGAGAACUAAUGUCCCUGGCAUGAGACAGUACAGGGGUAGGCACCCCAAUCCGUAUUUUGGGUCAAGAAGGCCUUUUAUGCCUGCUCCUGGCUAUCCUCCUUAUGGCUAUGGGAGGGUUCCAAGGUUCAGGCGUCCUAUGCGCUACAGACCUUAUUGACGACUCUCUCCGAGUAGGGCCCACUGCAACUGGCCGUGAAAAUGAAUUCUGAACGAGCAAUUUGACCUUCACUCUCUUGUGAAAUCAUAUACCAUUUUCCUUCUUACUGUUUUCAUCUUUGAGUCCAGAUUUAUUUCGAUACUGAAACUUCUUUCCUACUUUAAAUUGCAAUUUGAUGGUACUAUUAAUAGCUGCAUUACUGAACUACAACAGGGUAUAUAUAGUCAACAAGAGAGAAGCUCUUUUUUGUUAUGUACUGUAAUUUGUGUUGCUGUAGCCAGUGACCUCAUAUGCUUGAUUUUGUAAUAUUUGGUGGUGUUAUGCUCAGUCGGUUGUCAUUAGCAUUUUAUCAUUGAUGCCAUGCCGUUUACUUGAAUUCGGCUAUUUGUGUGGUUACACUAUUAGCAGUUCUCAAGUUUUGCAUGAUAAUGGAUGUUACGUUUCAGGGGAUACUGCCAUUUUUACUUGCAUUCUUCCUAAUGCAAAUUACUAAUCCUCAUUUUUAC